AUGGCAGUCGAGACUCAUACAGUGGCAGGCAUAGUUGCCCAAAGAAACCCAUUGGAAUACCUGAAAUCAUCACCCUAUACUAUUUUCCUUUUUCAAGCAGUGUUGGUUAUAUUGUUAUGCCAGUUAAUAUACUAUCCAAUUCGUAAACUACAACAACCUAAGGUUAUUGCUGAGGUCGUUACAGGGAUAAUUCUAGGGCCAUCGGUAAUGGGUCACAUUCCCAACUUCACUAAGAAUUGCUUUCCAGAAGAAUCCAUUCCUGGGUUGACGUUAAUGGCUAAUAUAGGGAUUAUCUUAUUUUUAUUUAUUAUCGGACUAGAAGUGGAUAUUUCAUUUAUCAAGAAGAAUAUGAAGGUUGCAAUCAGUGUUGGGAUGAUAAAUAUGGCUAUUCCGUUUGCUUUGGGAUGUGGUAUUGCAAAGGGUAUUUACACUACGUAUAGAAUGGAUUCAACUGAACUACCACCAAUGGAGUUUACUACAUAUAUGGUAUUUAUUGCGGUUGCCAUGUGUAUUACAGCAUUCCCUGUUUUAGCCCGUAUCUUAACAGAGUUGAAUUUAAUCACUGAUAGAGUAGGCACAAUUGUAUUGGCGGCGGGAAUUACAAAUGAUUUGACAGGAUGGAUUUUACUAGCACUAGUGGUUACAUUGGCCAAUGCUUCUAAUGCUGUGAACACGGUUUAUAUUUUACUAUUAACCGUAGCAUGGUUUCUAUUUUUAUGUUUUCCAGUAAGGUUGGCAAUGAAAUUUUGUUUGCGGAGAUUCACCAAUGAUUUGAUUUCUGGAGAACCUUCACAAAUUCUGAUGUUAUUUAUUUUAACAUCGGUAUUCAUAUCAGCUUUUUUUACUGAUAUUAUUGGUGUUCACCCCAUCUUUGGGGCGUUUAUGGUAGGAGUUAUUGUACCCAGGACAAAUGGAUAUGUGAUAAAAAUUACAGAAAAAUUAGAAGAUUUAGUACAUAUUGUGUUGAUUCCUAUUUAUUUCGCUUUAGCUGGACUAAAUGUGAAUAUAGGAUUAUUGAACAGAGGUAUUGAUUGGGCAUAUACAAUAGGUAUAAUUUUAUUGGCAAUGGUAGGCAAGAUUUUUGGAGGUUUUAUUGCUGGAAAACUAAAUAAAUUGCUUUGGCGGGAAUCAUUAGCAAUCGGUGUUUUGAUGUCAUGUAAAGGAAUUGUUGAAAUUGUUGUAUUAACUGUAGGCUUGAAUGCUGGAAUUAUUACCCAAAGGGUAUACUCAAUGUUUAUUGUGAUGACGUUAGUUACCACCUUUUUGACCACUCCAUUGACUUUGCUAGUCUACCCCGUUGAAUAUAGGCUUAGAGUUGAAAAAUUCUUACAAGGUGAAGCAACCUUAGAUGGUACCCCAAUAAUAAAAGAAGGGUCAUCGGAUUCAGGACUCAUUACCUCGGGGAAUAGCUCAAACGAAUUUCGUUCGUUAGAAAAUGUUGAUAUUGACCAAUUAGGUCAUUUUAGGAUUUCAAAGAUAGUAUUGUUAUUACGAGAUGUACAUUCAAUUUCGCAUUUAAUGUCGUUCACGCAUGAUAUAUCGCUGCUUGGUGAUAAUUCAGAUGAUAAUUACAAUAUUGAUAUAAAGGCAGUACAUUUGCGAGAAUUUACUUCAAGGACAUCACAUUUACUAGAAGCAUCAUAUCAAAACAGUUACGAAGAAGAUUCCAUAACUAAUUUCAAUGAAAACGAACUCCAUAAAUCUUCUUCGCUUCUUACAAUUAUGAAGAUGUUCAAUGAACUACUAGGGAAUCACUUUGCAUCGAGAUCUGUAUUAUCUACAUUUAAGAAUCAUAUCUUUACUAUUAACGAUCAGAUUUCUGAACCUUCUGAAUUACUAAUUUGUACUAUUAAUAAAAACGAAUUAGCCAGAAGCUUUUCCAAUAGCAAUAAUAUUAACGGCGAAGACUCUGAACGUGUAUUAUAUGGGAAACUAUUUCAUUCAUGUAAUUCGCAUUUUGGAUUGUUUAUAACCAAUGAAAAGAAAAAAACGUCUUUGAACGAGAUUAAGGAAGAUAAGGUAUGCAUCACGAACUUUUUCGAGAAUGAAGAACCAAGAUCAAUCUUCGGUAUUGACUCGGUUAACCUUAUCUUACAUCAUGAUAACUUUUUGAGCGCAAGUGAUUUGUUAUCCUUACAUGUUGUCUAUAAAUUGGCCUUUAAUCUAUUAUUCGUCAAUAUUUUUAUCAAUACGUCAUCGUCACUGUCGUCUGGAUUUGAAGAAAAAAUUAGAUCCUUAUUUCUGCCUAAUACGAAAGCUCACUUGUCAAUUCAUUAUACUAAAGAAGAUAGUUUGAAAGAUGACAUCUUAAAGGCUAACACUCGUUCAAGUAAUGAAAUGUUUGUCGUUCCUAAUAACUUGGCUAAGAAUGAAGAGGAUGAAAUGUUUUCAGGUGCCGUUAAUCAAUUAAUUGAUAUAAGCGAAACUGAAGGGUUCAAUGUCUUGGUUGUGAAAGCUGCAUCUUUUUGA